AUGGUCUCCGUGGCUGUCUUCUUGGCAGGGACCAUGGUGUUCUUCGCCUGGAUCGCGGUGACAGUCUUCAAAGACCUCGACCAUGGGAACGAGGGCUUUACGUCCCUCAAAGAAUCGAUGAACUCGAUGUUCAUCGCUGGAGUGUCAGACGAGUUUGUCAGCGUGUUUCUCAAGUCCUACACGGCCUAUCGCUACGUGGGCAUUUUGUGGCUGAUCUUCCUCGUGAUCGCCCAUGUGCUGCUCCUCAGUUUAGUUCUCGACACGCUCU